UAACGGCUUCCGUUCCCUUCAAGAGGGACAUAACCAAACCCAUUUUUCGUAAUUUAUGAAAAUGUUAUCAAGAAUGGCCAAACGGCUAGAAAAAGUAACUCACAAAAUAGAAAAAUAUGUGAGGUUUUCGAGUAACCUAGUGCAAGGUGAACCCCAAGGUCCUUGUAUAAGAACUGAACUCCCAGGACCAACGGCUAGGCAAAUCCAAAAUGAUUUGGGAAAAAUUAUGGUAACGAAAUAGUGAAUCCGAUGAAAAUAAUUGGUAACUACGACAAGUCUAUAGGAAACUACUUUGUGGAUGCUGAUGAUAAUAUAUUUUUGGAUGUUUAUACACAAAUAUCAACCGUACCAUUAGGCUACAACCACUCCGCCCUUUUGAAUGUAUUCAAAGAUGAGCAUAACUUGAGAACAUUAGUCAACAGGCCAUCGCUAGGAGUCUUCCCUGGUGUCGAUUGGGCAUCAAGACUAGAGAGUAUCUGCAAGUCGGUGUCGCCAAAACUUCCGCAUUUAACGACAAUGAUGUGCGGCGCCUGCGCGAAUGAAAACGCUUUCAAAAGCGCAUUCAUAGCGUACCGAACAAGAGAAAGAGGCGGAAGUUCAGAUUUUAAUAAAGAAGAAUUAGAAAGUUGCAUGAAAAACCAACCCCCUGGCGCACCGAAACUUGCAGUGCUCUCAUUCACUGAUGCAUUUCAUGGACGAUCGUUAGGGUCAUUGUCUACCACACAUUCUAAGGCUAUACAUAAAAUUGACAUCCCUGCUUUUGACUGGCCAUUUGCACGUUUUCCGAAAUAUAAAUAUCCUCUAGAAGAAAACAUGCGCGAAAAUAAAGAGGAGGAUCAAAGGUCAUUGGGAGAGGUAGAGGAGCUUAUUGAAAAGUGGAGAAAGAAAGGAAUACCAGUAGCAGCUUUGAUAGUAGAACCAAUUCAAUCAGAAGGUGGUGACAACCAUGCUUCUCCGGAAUUUUUCAGCAGUCUUCAAAGCAUUUGUAAGAAAAAUGGUGUCUUUUUCAUUAUCGAUGAAGUCCAAACAGGGUGCGGACCUACCGGAAAAUUCUGGUGUCACGAGUAUUUUGAUCUGGAUACUCCACCAGAUGCUGUUACGUUCAGUAAGAAAAUGCAGAUGGCUGGGUUUUUUCACAGUGAAGAGAUGAGUCCUCAUCUACCCUUAAGAGUGUUCAACACGUGGAUGGGUGAUCCAGGCAAAACAUUGCUCCUCCAAGCGGUUUUGGAUGUUAUCAAAAGGGAUAACCUCUUGGAGCAAGUUCAAAAGUCCGGAAAAAGGCUGCUAGAAGGGAUGAAAGACUUGGAAAAGGAGUUUUCGCCCCUAGUACAUUCAUCAAGAGGACGGGGAACGUUCAUUGCUAUCACAGCAAGAAAUGCGGAAAUAAGGGAUGAUAUUGUGCAACAGAUGUACAAAAAAGGUAUCAUCACAGGAGGUUGUGGUCAAGAUUCGCUACGGUUGAGACCGGCUUUGGUGUUUCAAGAACACCAUGCUGACAUUUAUCUUGAAGCUUUGAGAAGCGUGCUGGCAGAUAUAAACCAAAAUACGAAAAAGUUCUAGGGCGCGCACAAGUUGGUCGUUUACCUAAACUGAAAUGAUUUAGAUAAUUUUAAUUUAAACGUUAAAGCAUUCCAGGUAACUCAAAGGCGGACUUAGGAAUCUGUAUAGGGGGGUCGCGGGAUUCAUCUUCAGGCAAAGGCGUACCUAGGAGGGGCAAGUGGGAACUGGAAUUAGAAAAACGAGUUUUGACGGAUUUCACAAUCCUUGAAUUCUUCAAAUAAACUCUUGACAACGUCUUAAAGUUAGACUCUUAAAGUUUGACUUCUUUUUGAAUUUUGUCUUAUCUAAGGAAAUUUUUGAUUGCGAUGAGAACCAUCAGAAACGAAAAAAGAAGAUAAAGUCAAGGUUAGGGGUGUUAUAGAUUCUUUGGAAAUUAUACUAUACUAUAACUAUCUAAAACUGUAAUGACUCAUCGAUGUUCACGUGAACAUCACUUAACUACCAGUAGUCGGCUGUUCAUAGGCGGGGUAUGAAU